GCCAAUCUGUAGUAUAUACAAGCAGACACAUCAGAGUGCUCGACAGCUGAGACCGGCAACACCCCUAACUAAAACUAGUGCCUCUUUCCGAACGCCGCUAGCUAGGCGAAGCACUGAAAAAGGAUGCUGGCUGUCCAGCCAGUUUCUAUUCAACACGAUGAGUCGAUGGCCGCUGCACGCUCAGAGUCGGCGUCCGCUCGGAAGAAGACGCGAACGCUGCUGGAGAAGGUCACCAAGGAGUACGAGCGCAUAUCUCGCAAGCGAAUGAAUGAUGACGCACGCUCGGACGAGCUGACGGCGCUGGUGCUGCUGAGGUCAGUGUUGACCGACCUGGAGAAGUGCAUACUGGAGCAUGAGCAACCUCCGCCGGCUUUAAGCCAGAAACGUGCGCUGAUUAAAGUGGAGAAGGCACGUAAGGAGGUGCUGGCGGCAGUGAAGGAGUGCAGCGGCCGCGUCUCCGAGUGCCAGAAGCUGCUGGACGAGGUGGAGAUGUUUACUGAGCUGCGCCCGAACGAGCCCGUCACCCCCCGAAACUUCAAGGUGGAGUGGCGCCGCCCCGCGCCCCGUGAGGCCCCCCGCCGCAAGGACCUGGCUCGCUCGCGCACUGGCAAGGGCCCCGGCGACUCGCUGGUUGCCUCAAUUGUGGGCCUGGCCGCGCUGGCCGAGGACCUGGACGGCGGCGAGACGCCCACCUCAGACGCCGCCGGCCCCGCUUCCUUCGCACCCAUGUCGCCGCAGCUCAGGGCCAAGCAGCUCGGCCUGCAGCAGGAGGCCGCGGGCGCGGCGGUGCUGCGUGGCAGCAAGGACGCCAAGGACCGUGUGGUGCCGCCCGACGAGGUCAGCCUGCUGGGCUCCGUGGGCACGGUGGUGGCCGUGAGCGCCGCCAAGGCCGCAGCGGUGGCAUCGGGCACUGGCGCCGGCGCGGCGCCCUGCAACAGCAGCACCAGUGGCGUGCGCGGCCCGGCGCAGCAGUCAGUGGCGCGGCCGUCCGGUGAAUACGGCGGGGCCGCACCACACGCGCUGCGUCACCAGCUGGAUGGCGAGAACGACCUGCGGCCCACGAUGUCCACUGGCGUGGCGGACUCCUCCGCGACCAUGUGCAAUCUGGACUCGUGCGCCAGCGGCCCCAACCAUCGCGGCCUCGCCAGCGCCGCAGCCGGCGGCGAGCGCAGCUACGAGGAGGGUGACGACAGCCAGGACGAGGACGAGGUCAGCAGCGCCGACAACGGCCGCUACGCCGGCUCGGCCCGAGCCUCACAGGAGCGCGUGGUGCUGCUGAGCAAGCCCAUGUCGCUGCUGCACACGCCGCAGCAGCCCCUGCACCCCCACCCGCCGCACGUCCCCGGCUCCCGCUCCGCCCGCCCCUCUCCGCUCAAGUCGUCGGCUCCCGCUGGGCGUGCCGGUGUCCUGCCACUGCAGCCGCUGUCGGCCCGCUCGCAGGGCUCAGCGGCGCCGCAGCCCUUUGCGCCCGCACCGGCCGUGCAUGCGCUGAACAGCAGCAGUGACAUGCUGGCGGGUGUGCCGCAGCUGGCGGACGAGGCCGCGGCUGGUGCGCCGGCCCAGCAGCCGGUGCAGCGCUCGGCUCAGGCGCUGGAGAUGGCACUGCGCAGCCAGGAGGCCAUCCUGGGCAACAGGUCCUACGUGGGUAAGGAGCCGCGCAACCGCCCCGUCGGCCCCACCACUGCCACCGUGCUGCUGCAGCAGCGCUCUGCGGCCGCAGCAGCCGAACAGCAGCACCUGCAGCAGCCCUGCCCGCAUAUGCAGCAGCAGCAGCAGCAGGGUGCCGCGCUGCCUCCACCCCACACUUACGGCGUGCCGCUGUCCGAGGCGGAGGCCGCGCGCCUGCGGGCGGUGGUGUCGCAGCAGCUGCCGCCGGCUCCGCGCUACAGCGUGCAGCGGCACCUGCCCCAGCCGGCCCAUGUGGCGGCGGCGCCCAUGGUGAUGCACCCUCAGCAGCAGUACGCGCAGCAGCAGCUGCAUCAGGGCCCGCACCAGCCGUACCCCGUUAGCGGCGCGCCGUGCGCUGCCAUGCCUGCACCGGGUGCCGCCCCGGCCGUCGCUGGCCCGCGCCCCGCAUCGCUGCCAGCCGGCCCGCUGCAGGUGCAGCACUCGGGCGACGUGGUCGUCGGCGCUGCUACUGCUGCUGGCGCCGUGCCGCGCCAGUACCACCCCCACCAUGCCCACUACGGCGGCUCGCAGCCGGUGUCGGGCGGGCAGUCGCUGGAAAACAUUCCGCCCCCGCCGCCGGGCGGCAGCGCCGCCUUCCCGCCUCACCUGACGCACCCCUACCACCAGUACUACCACCCCUCCUACCCGGCCUCCCAGGUGGCCUGGGACUCGGUCAGCCUGGCGGAGACAGAGCCGCUGCCCGGCGCGGAUGGCCGCCGGAAGGGCCGCCGCAACGGCCGCCGCCGAGGCGGUGGCCUGUUCGGCUUCGUCAAGGGUGUGGUGGGCUUUGUGGGCGUGUCGGUACUGAGCGGCGCUGCCAUGGUGCUGGGCGCGGCGGCCGUCAACACCAGCCUUGACGAGCAGGACGCGGCGAACGCACCGCGGCCCCGCCCUGCCGGCACCAAUGUCCGCCGUGGACAGCGGAUUGCCCGUGGCCCCGACGACCUGGUCCCGCAGCGCACGCUGCUGCAGCUCCGCAGCCCCGACCUACUGGCCAUGAGCCGCGGCUGAGCCCCGGCGGCAGCAGUAGCUGAGGGUCCUGGAGGCUGGUUGCGCUGGUGUGGUGCAGGGAGGUGCGAAGGGCUGCUGGACGGAUCACGAUGUCCAGGGACAGGCCCCACGCCACAGACAUGGGGCCGGCCCACAUGAGAGAGAACGUUUGUCAGUCAUCAACGGUUGGAUUUGGUAGCAACCUAAUUAGCAGUGGCUUCGAGACAUAUGAGAGAAGAGCUGGUGACAUCACCGUGUUUCAUGUACAUAGUGGCCGUGGUGGUAGCGUGGUUGUGUCCAGGCCUUGCGUUCGCCGCACGCCUACUGGUGAGCUCUACGUGAAGCGCAUAGCAUUGCUUGAAUUUGGCUCUGUAUCAUUGAUGUGAGGGCACUUUAUUCGAGGUGUAUCGUCGGUAGGCGCGUGCAAGUUGACGGGCUGGGUGAAUCACAAGCCCCGUGCGCGUGAGUGCCGGUCAGAGGCCGAGCUGGUGCCAACAGGCCACAGCUAGCCGGUUGGCGCAGCUACCGGCUGGGGCUGGCUGCAGCGCGGGGGCCUCCCAGGCUGCGGGUCCAAGGCGCAGGUGUGGGGCGGGGCGGGUCAGAGCGCUGCUCGGGUGGGGCAUACGGCAGCUGGCAGGGGCGUGGCUCCAUCAGCGCCACCCCAUCUCGGUGCGCGUGUGUCGCUGUCCGCAGGCUGCGGGUGAUGCGCAGGCUGUCUUGUUUGCAUGUGAAGUCUGGGCAGAUUCACUGAAGCUUACAGUAGCGGUGAGCGAGGGAUGGAGACUUAAUUUACAAGUAAUGGGUUACGGUGUAAUGCGGUCCGAGG